AUGCGAACAUAUUGUGAAACAGCUAUUUCCAAGCUUUGGGCUAAUGGUAGCUAUAUAUCUUGGGAUAGUAAUAUUAUUGUGUCCCCGGCAAAGGUAUGGCCACCACCUUGGCAUUUGGUGG